GGUUCAUCAUCACUUGAACCAAAGCUUGGCCUCUUACGUUGCUUGUCAAUGCAGGUAUCCGAUAUCAUUGUCGCCGAGUGCUGUAUGUGAGCCCGACCAUCUGUUGGAACACCUUUGUCGACCAUUAUCUGUCGCCAACCUCGCCCUAGAGCUUCGAUAGCCCUCCCUCCCCUCCGAACCACGCCGACACCUGUCGACUCAGGCCACCACCCGCGCCUGCGCCCUGGCUUAAGCAUCGCGCUCCUGCGCUGCCAGGACGGCGACACUGACAAUUACAGGUAUGGUUUUAGCCUGAUAUAAUCCUUCUUGAGGCCGCACCGAGUCGACUGUCGGUCUGGCCUUGAGGUUCGCGCUGGUAGCAUCGUCGUGGCGGCUGACCAAGCUGACACUUUUGUUCCCUCAGCCCUGCAGACUCCAAGCCACACCACCAUCGCAACGCUGCUCUCGAACAUUUUUGACCUCGAACCCCACCGUACAUCUGCCUGCUCGAGCCAGGGAUCAACAAUGCUGUCGUUGAGAAGGCCUCGGUAGCAUUGAAUGGCUCAAGUUAUGAUGGCGAUGCCUCUCGAGUCGCUGCUCACAAACCCCAAUCCUGCAGUGCCUCGGUCACGCUCGAUCCUCUCCUACUUCUCCAGUUCAAUCGGUAAACAUGCUCGAAACAUGUUCGACCUCACCAUUGAACCAGAAGACCCUUUUCGAGUUUACUCUCCCGGUCAAACCGUCAAAGGGCAUGUUCUCUUGACGGUCACAAAGGGCUUCGACAUCACUCACCUGGUGGUCGCACUGCAUGGCUAUGCAAAGGUUUAUAAACACCAAGUCCCGCCAGGGGAACGGCUUCCUGCUCCUGAAGGGCUGGCAAUAGGUAAAGGAACAAGAGGCUUUCAGUACCAUGGCAAUGGGCUGGCGACGCUUUUUCAGAACGAGCAGAUUCUGUGCGGGAGUGGCUUUCUCAAGAAGCAUGUCUAUAAGUUUGCGUUUGAGGUGCCGUUUCCGGAAAAGAGUCUGCCCAGCACGAUAGAUUUUGAGCGAGGAACGAUAUCCUACAGGCUGACCGCUACAGUCACUCGACCGGUGACAAUCAGCCCAACAGUCAGUCGCAGUACGAGAGUCAAGUUCCGCGAUCAGAUUGAUAUUGAGCCCAUGUUCAACCCGAAGUCUAGGGUCAUAACACUCGAGCCCAUUUCGAAACGAGGCAAAGUUAAGGUCGUCAAGCCUCCUUCCUCGACCUCUGCCCAGAACAUUUCCCCCGCCAGCCACCUGACGCGAAACAAUACGCAAAAUAGCAACGCCAGUCGAAGUACUAAUUCUGUUGGCAAUCCACCUUUAAGUCCUGCGCCGAGUGAGGACACUGUGCAAACAAACGCCACCAGUACGAGUGCACAGAGCUUCCAAGUGACCGACGCCGAGCUGCCCUUCCGGAAACAUAGUCCCCAAACCAGUGAUGCACGGAGCAACGCAACCUCUUCGUCUUCUCAAACCAUUACGGCCACGACGGAGCUUCCACGGCACGGUGCUCUACCCGGGGAGACGAUACCGAUUCGUGUCUCAGUCAAUCAUUCGCGUAAUGUGCGAGGAAUGGUCAUCGCAACCUUGUACCGUCAAGCGCGGGUGGAUAUGCAUCCACCGAUUCCACUGGGAAACAACGAUGGCAAAACGAAAUCCGAGUAUGAAGACGUGUAUCCGAAAUCGCGCACGGGACUAGGUGGCUUAUACUUUGCCAACGCCUCACCCAACAGUGCUUUCCGAAAAGACCUGUCUCAGGCCUCGACCGUGAUGGUUGUAAAUCCAGCCACCAUGACCGCAGAUCUGUCCAUGUCUUUGAAAAUUCCCGAUUCUGCCUUUCCGACCAUUGCCAAUGUCCCAGGAAGCAUGAUCUCAUUCACAUAUCAUAUCGAAGUGGUGAUCGAUUUGUUCGGCAAGCUUGGCGAGACUCGGCUUUGGCCACGUCUCACUACCAGUGAUCCAGUCUUCUCCCAGGCUGGCGAAGUUGGUGACCACUCAACGUCUAAUUGGUCGCAUGGCAUUCUCGAUACGACACCCUUGCGUCGAACCAAGGGGGUCAUCACAUUUGAGAUGUCGCUCGUCCUCGGGACGCAUGACAGCGGCAGAAAGAGAAGACAAAACAAAGGGGCUGAAGUUGAGAUUCCAGAAGAAAUGUCACAAUGGUACGACCAGGGCGACCAUGACGCGUACUACAACGGUGACUAUGACGGGCAAUAUUACGAUGAAAACGGCCAGCCAUACUACGACGAACAUGGCUAUGACCUCAGUUAUGAACAACAGUAUUUCCCCGAGUAUGCCACAGCAGCUCCAGAAAUGAUGCCUCCACCUCCACUACAUGAUGACAUGGACGAAAAGUCACGCCUUCGAAGGCAAGAGCAAUUACUGAUGCCGAGCGAGCCGCCGCCCAGUGGGGAGGCCUCAACUACUGCAGAAGCAUAUGCUCCGACGGCGCCUGUGAUCUUGCCAGAUCAGCUCCCUGGGACCAGCAACUCAAGACAGGAUGGGAAUUCCACUCCUUCGACCUUCAACACGGCAGAGUCGGUCACAUCAGCGAGAUCCGGGGAAACGAUACGACCGGGAUCGGCGUCGCCGCCGCCGGCGCCACCUCCGCUGGGCACCGUCGAAGCCACCGAUGACAAGCAUGAACUGGAGCGAAGACGGUUACUUGCCCAGGCAAGCGCGCCGCCAGCGGAGGACGGGGGAGAUGCCCCCAGCAGUUCUGUUGCGCCACCUCCCCUGGGCCCGAGCGCGCCUACAAUUGACGAACAAGACGAAUAUAAUGUACAAACACUGAAUCAUGAUCAUUCAGGGCCGGAGCUACCGCAGUAUGAGCGCUGAAGGAAAGGGAAUGUUUGCUUUUCUUUUUGGAAUUUUUGUCAUUUGCUAUUCCAUCACAGCGAUGGCGCUGGGGGGAAAAUUUUGAAUGUUGUCGUGUUAAAUCUCGAAAGAGGUGGAUGUGGACAUGGAAUGAUAUAUCACGAAGCUGCUGUGCAAGCCUUGUUUGGUCUCUCGAGUAGGUACUUCACUUCAGUCCCCCUGGGUAAGGGAGGUGUACGAAAGAAUAAUGUACCGAGUAUGUGGGAACGCAUUUUGAGACCAGCCAAAUUUUUGGAAGUUUUGAAAAAAUCAAGAAAAGUGGCCAGCUGGGCCUGACACGUCAGUAUCAGUACGAAUGAAAACAUAGCUAUGUUGUCC